GAAGCAGAGUGAUGGCUCUAUGGCGAUAGUUUGCAAUUCUAGUCUAUCUAGAAGAGAAUAAGAAGAAAAUAUCUAUUUGUCACAGGAUGGCAUAGCAUUGUUUCUCCAUUGUGACAAGCAGUGGCAAAAGUACUCUGGUCAACGCCAUUUUGGGCAAGGAGCUUUUGGCGUGUGGCAUGGGACACACCACGAAUUGUUUCCUCCAAAUCGAGCAGGCGCGCGAUUACGACGACGAUGAGGAUAAUCAGGGAUACGUUGCCCCUCACUCCCCCGGUGGCCGGAGUCGGCUGCCCAGCUAUUCCGACGUCGAUUCACAUUUUAUCAUCCGGAGAAGCCAGUUUGCCUCAGAAUCAACAAGAGGAAGGCCCAACUCGACUAUGGAGAAUUUCAGCAAUCCUCUCGACAUCAAGCAACUUCAUGAUUUGUCUGACGCAACAUCAGAGACAAGCCUCGAUAUUUCUCGCUACAUCGAGAUUUUUUUGGCGAAGAACGACCACAAAUGCAGUUUGCUGAGACAUUUUCUUCAGAUUUUGGAUUGCCCUGGUAUCAGCACUUGCAGAGACAUAGGCGAUAAAGUCAAAGCUUUCUGCGGAGAUGCUGAUUUGCACGUCCUCGUUAUCAGCGUUAUCGCUGGAAUAUCGGCUGAGACGAAAGAACACUUCUUGAAAGUGAAGGAACGUCUCCCACAUCCAGACAUCAUCAUUGGCUUUACUCAGUGGGAUCUAGCAGCCAACGAGAAACCAGAGAGAAAGGAAAGGGUAAAAAAUCAACUUUUGAAAUCGGCGUUCGAUCUUCUAAGUUCAACCGGAACUGUCUCCACGGUGGAAGAAUCGAGGGAAAGAUGUUUCUUUGUAUCUGGACGCGAGGCACUAGGUGCAGCUUUGGGAGAACAAAUGAAGUACACGAAAGGACAAGAGGAAAGAUCAAAAUCGUUUCAAGACUUCUUGCAGAAAAUAGAGGAGCGAGCAUCUAUUGCUGGAAAGAAAGACAAACUGGAUACCAACCGCAAUGCAUGCGAGGAAAUCAUCAGGAGGUUCAAUAAAAUUAUAAUCGACACUAUGAUAAUAUGGAUCAAUGAGAAAAGAAUCGAAUUGCAAGAUGAGAUUGGAUCCAUUGAGCAAACCACUACAAGAUUGCACGUACAGAAGGAAAAGUUCUUGGAAAGAAAGAGAGAGCACAGGGAGAGGAUCAUCUCCACAGUUGAUGACGAGGUGAUGGAAUGCUUGGAUGAUGUCAAUUAUCGGAUGCAAAAGAAACUUGCAAGCGUGAGAAACAAGAGGACUCUAAACUCUUAUCUCGAUGAGCACGGGGAGGCCAUUAUUCAUGACUGGUACAGAAGGAUUACCAAGGCAACUAAUCGCGCAACACGAAUGGCCUGUGAAGAUUACUCCAUAGAUCUCUUAGAGGAGUACAGGAAAUGCUUCCGGGAGUUUCCUCAUGAGCAUCCAAAAGCCUACGUCAAAGCUCUUCACGAAGAAAUCUUCCAGAAAGUCGGCAACGAGCAAAUAAACGAAAACGCCGUUGAUUCCCUCCUGAAAGGCAUCACUGAUAGAGGAAUAAUUGCUUUGUUUGCGACAUCGAGAAAAGACCAACAAACUGCUAAUGUUCAGGAACAAAGUGUUUUCAGAGAAAGGCAGCGAAUGGCUGCAGGUGCCGGCGUCAGGUUUCUUUGGGUACGACAAUGGCUAUGGGGAGCAUUCGAGGACAAACUAAUGAAGAAAUUUGAGAAAGAGGGCAGUUCUUGUCUUGUUGAAAUCAGAGAGUCAUGCAGAAGAGCCAUCGAAGAGUUCUGCGACACUACUGAGGCUUACUACAAUAACCAGGUCGAGAACGGUCUGGAGUUGCAGUUCCGGUCAGAGUUGCAAGACAGAAAAUCUAAGAUCGAUAGCCUUUCCACUUUGACUCGUACUCUAACUACUUACAGGCGAGAGGCGGAAAUAGGAUGGCAGAUUGUUGUCUCACCACCGACCUCUCCGAUUUAUCAAACCAAGAUACUACAAUAAUGACAGGAUCUCCGAUACUCAAGAAUAUGGCGAAGAAUCUGGUUUAGUUGGUCACGGCAAGAAACUGAACCCCUGGCUUUCACGGAAAUAAAAAAAAAUAUUUACCUGUGCAUGAAGUUUUAAAAUUCCCACCGAAAUAUAGAUUCCGCCCCACCAACACCCCCCCACCCAUAAAACCACGUUUGAACCUAGAAUGCAGCUUCUCCAAUACCACACUGUAACCCACUGUCGUGCUCGUGGGGGAUGGUACUUGGAGUUCCGCCCGGCAGAGGGGGGGGGGGGGGGGGCAGUCAAUGUAUUGAUGUACACUGCGUGACUAGAUUAUUUCCAAACACCCCCUAAACGAGUUUUUCUCUGUGUGCAAAAAAACCCUAGACGCUUCAUUUACACAUUUCGGCCCCUAAACAUAUUUUCGCUAGAAUAUAACCCCUAAACAAGUUUUGUCUACUUAAUUGCUAAACUAUAAUUAAGCUUACAUAAACAAAACUAUAUUCAUGGGUAUUGCAUGCCCCAGUGCAGUUUUGGUUAAAAUACCACAAUCGGGAAGAACCCGAACACUUCAGAAACGAGGAGGAAAAGGCCUCGGGGGAAAAAGCUUGGGGAAAAAAACAUACCCUGAAUACGUUUGAACCCGGUAUUGACCAUUGACCAGUUUUUCAAAACCAUCCCUUUUUUGAAAAUCUGUGUUUUUUAUACCAUUAACGAGUGCACGCGCAGUUCGCGGGCAAAACUAAAAAACCACGCCUUUAAACGCGUUUUUUGUCACGCAUGUGUACAGCAAUAUAUUUGACUCCCCCGGGGGGAGAUCCGACAUUGAUGUUAAUGGCCAAAUCCGGCCAUUACUUUGGUUUGAUUUUGAGAUAUAACAAAUUAACAAUACUGUGUUAGUAACAAAUCAAUGAAAAUAAAUAACAUAACAUAUUGUUAACGAUAUAAUUUAAAUGCAGGAGACCGCCAUCGAGAGCGAUUAUAGGCUCGAUGGCGGCCUUGUAAACGGGAGGCGUACAUAUUAUGUUUCUACAUUGAUCAAGUGUGUGGAAUGCAGAUGCAGGUGCUGUAGGGAGCAAUUGAGGUUUUUAUUUGAAGAGUGCGAUACAUAAAAUAUGAGCAAGUACCGGAAUCGGUAUAAGAUUGCCUUGAGCAAUUAACAUGGUGAAUACGUGCGCUAUAUACAUUUUAUAAUAUAUAUCUGUAGAGAUGUAUGGUGAUACUCUAACAGUGUUUUUAGGGUUUCAUAACUUGAAACUCUAAUGUACUUAUGGCAUAAAUACGAUUAAAUCAUUAAUACACCCAUCAAGACGGGAUUUUUUCCAUCUUGCCGUGGUGGUAUUAUACAUUUUUUUCAUUUCUUGAUUAUAAUUAUGUUAUGUCUUUCUAUAAAACGCAUGAUUGGGAUGUGCCCUAUCAUACAAUCAAAUUAUUAUUGGAAUUAUUAUCAUUAUUAAUAUUAGUACUAUUAUCAUCAUCAUCAUUCCUAUCAUUUAUUAUUAUUGCAGUGUUCUCUGUAGUACUGUGAUACUGUUUUGUACGUAUUUUUUUAAUAUAACGUGACUUAUUAUCCACCGAAAUAUGGGGCCUGGUUUUAAAUGUUUGUCUAUGACACGUACAGGAUUUAUUUCUAAAAAUGAU